AUGUCUUAUAAACCUCCUGCCAAUGUCAGACUGCUCGACUCAACUCCUCAACUGAGAGCUCUCAUGACUGUUAUCAGAAACAAAAGUACUGGUCGAGGCGACUUUAUCUUUCAUAGCGAUCGAGUAAUUCGUCUUUUGGUUGAAGAAGCACUCAAUCAUUUACCAUUCGUAGACAAGUCGGUAGUUACUGCUACGGGUUCCGAGUACAAGGGUUUAUCCCCACUGGGUCGAAUCUGUGGUGUUUCAAUUAUGCGUGCAGGUGAAUCUAUGGAGCAAGGCUUGAGGGAUUGUUGUCGCUCAGUCCGCAUUGGCAAGAUUCUAAUUCAACGUGACGAAGCUACUGCUAUGCCUCAGCUGUUUUAUUCCAAGCUUCCCAAAGAUAUCGCAUCGAGGUUUUGUUUGUUGCUUGACCCUAUGCUGGCAACAGGUGGGUCCGCCAACAAGGCCAUUGAGGUGUUGUUGAAUCAUGGUGUCAUGGAAGACCAUAUUCUGUUUGUCAAUCUGAUUUGCUGUCCAGAAGGAAUCAAGGCUGUCUUGGAUGCUUACCCCAAAGUGAGAAUCGUAACUGCCGAAAUAGACAACGGCUUGGACGAACAGAGGUACAUUGUACCUGGCUUGGGUGAUUUUGGUUGCAGGUAUUUUGGCACUCUCGACGAGUAAAUCUGAAUAAAUCCAAGUGUGGCAAACAA